CCACAGUGAAAGUGGACCUCAAAACGGAACUAACGGUUGGUAUCUGGUGCGUUCUGGUGGCCAGUCAGCAUUUCCGUGAUAGAUUUAGAGAUCCACAUGAUAAGCUGGAGCAUCGGCCUCUUUCACGUAAUUUCGAACUCUCCUCGUACGUAUCUCUUGAUAAUUCCUAUAACUAUAAGCUUCUUUCUCUCGCUGAUCGGAUACUACCAUAGACUAACCCAAUCACACUCUCCACAGAAUAAUGGAAUCGGCCACCCAAGCUCUCUCCAAGCUAAAUAUCAAUGGCGAUUCCGUUCCCAAUUUACAGAAAAACCUCAGCCUCUUCUCCCCUGAGCAGAUUGAACUGGCGAAGAUGUUAGUGGAGAUGGGGCAGAGUCAUCUGUUUCAGCAUUGGCCUGAGCCUGGUGUUGAUGAUGAGGAGAAGAAAGCUUUCUUUGAUCAGGUGGCUCUGCUCAAUUCAAGCUAUCCUGGAGGUUUGGCAUCAUAUAUUAAAACAGCAAGAGAACUCUUAGCUGAUUCAAAAGCAGGAAAGAACCCUUUUGAUGGAUUUACACCUUCUGUUCCAAUAGGAGAAAACCUGAAUUUUGGUGAUGAAAACUUUAUCAAAUUUGAGGAGGCAGGAGUUAGAGAAGCCCAGAAUGCUGCAUUUGUUCUAGUUGCAGGUGGGCUUGGGGAACGUCUUGGAUACAAUGGAAUAAAGGUGGCUCUUCCAAUGGAAACUACAACAGGAACUUGUUUUCUGCAGCAUUACAUUGAGAGCAUUCUGGCUCUUCAGGAAGCUAGCUGUAGACUGACACAAGGUAAAUAUGAAAGGGAUAUUCCUUUUGUUAUCAUGACAUCUGAUGAUACACAUGCGCGUACAUUACAGCUUUUAGAAUCAAAUUCUUACUUUGGAAUGAAACCAUCACAAGUAAAUCUUCUUAAGCAGGAAAAAGUAGCAUGCUUAGAAGAUAAUGAUGCCAGGCUUGCAGGGGAUCCACAGAACAAGUACAGGAUUCAGACCAAACCACAUGGCCAUGGUGAUGUGCAUUCACUUCUUUAUUCUAGUGGCCUUCUUAAUAAAUGGAUCGAUGCUGGUUUGAGGUGGAUUCUAUUUUUCCAAGAUACGAACGGGCUUCUAUUCAAGGCAAUUCCAGCUUCAUUGGGUGUUAGUGCCACCAAACAAUACCAUGUUAACUCUCUUGCUGUUCCUCGGAAAGCUAAAGAAGCAAUUGGAGGAAUUACCAGGCUUACUCAUGCUGAUGGUCGGUCAAUGGUGAUUAACGUUGAAUACAAUCAGCUUGAUCCUCUGCUUAGAGCGACUGGGCAUCCUGAUGGAGAUGUCAACUGUGAGACAGGCUAUUCUCCUUUCCCAGGAAAUAUAAACCAAUUGAUUUUGGAACUUGGUCCUUAUAUUGAGGAGCUCAAGAAAACAGGAGGUGCUAUUAAGGAGUUUGUUAACCCUAAAUACAAAGAUUCCAGCAAAACUUCAUUCAAGUCUUCAACUCGGCUUGAAUGUAUGAUGCAAGAUUAUCCAAAAACAUUGCCCCCAUCAGCAAGGGUUGGAUUUACGGUGAUGAAUACGUGGCUUGCUUAUGCGCCUGUGAAGAGCAAUCCUGAGGAUGCUGCUAAGGUACCUAAGGGAAAUCCAUAUCACAGUGCGACUUCUGGAGAAAUGGCCAUCUAUCGUGCAAACAGCCUCAUCCUCAGAAAGGUUGGUGUCAAAGUGGAUGAUCCAGUUCAACAGGUGUUCAAUGGGCAAGAGGUGGAAGUGUGGCCUUGUAUUACAUGGAAUCCAAAAUGGGGAUUGACAUUUUCAGAGGUCAAAAGUAAAGUUAGUGGAAGUUGCUCCAUCUCUCAAAGGUCUGUGAUGGCCAUUAAGGGUGUUAAUGUCUUUUUAGAGGACCUUUCCUUGGAUGGAGCUCUUGUGAUUAAAUCUGUUGAUGAAGCAGAGGUAAGAAUAGGAGGUUCCUUGCGGAACAAAGGUUGGAUCCUCGAAAAUGUUGAUUACAAAGAUACUUCAGUACCUGAGGAGAUAAGGAUCAGGGGCUUCAGAUUCAACAAAAUCGAGCAGCUUGAGAAGCAUUAUAGUGAGCCUGGCAAGUUUGAUUUGAAGGCCUGAAGGUGAAUUUAUACAAGAGAUAACAUCAUCUCUAUUCAAGUAAAUUUUUUCCAUGCUCAACCAAUGUCUAAAGUCCAAACCAGUAAUAAAGUUUCUUUUGUGCUUUUGUUAUUAACAUCGGACUAGAAAUAGUUAGUAUUUCUGUUGUUUUUCCAAUUUAUUAAUUUAUUUAUUUUUGGGUUUCAAAUUUCUUAUUCAUUUCUUUUUUUUUUGAAGGAAUAACAAAUAAUACAAGAAUAUUGUUCAGCAUAAAAAGCUUUUCCUACAUUUAAAUGAGGGCUAUUCUGUGUUUUGUUAAGUCUACAUGCACUUAAAACUUUGGAUAAGUUAAGGCUCUACUGUUUUGGUCAAGAUAUAGAGCUAGUGAAAAUUGCUUGUAUUUUAGAUGUCUCUAGCAUGCAUAUAGGACUUGCUCCAAGUUCCAUUUCUAUUUUGGCCUUAGCAAUGAGAUUACAAAGGCUGGCUUUGUCGGCGGGCAUGUGUGGGUUUACUCGAUUGAGGGGAAAAAAAAGGUGAAUGGACAACAUUGGGGAAAAAGGCUACAAUUUAGGUGCUAAAUUUAGACACAUUCCUUCUCUAUAUGAUGCUUCAUUUGAGCUUUGCCUUCUUACAUGAAGAGGGUUAUUCACCUUUUGCAAACUAAAUGGGUAUGACUUUUGCUACCAAAUCAUGAUUCGGCUGUCUGUAACAUGUCCUCUGUUGAUUUUAUCUUCAUGUUCAAUGCUAAUGGAGCUCGAAGGUUAUUCGGGUUGAAGAAUGCAGCCCUGGUGCUGGUUUCUCUAGUUUUCACUGGAUCCAAUUAUCAUUCAUGGGCAAGGGCAAUGAAGAUGGCUUUGGCAUCCAAGAAAAAACUUCAAUUUGUUGAUGGCACAUUUACUACACCUCCUGCCAAAACUGAUCCAAUGUAUUCUACUUGGGAGAGAUGCAAUGUGAUAAUGUUAUUUGGAUCUCUGUCACCUGCAAUUGCCCAAAGUAUUCUCUGGAUUGAUAGAUAUGUUGAUGUGUGGAAUGAUUUGAAGGAUAGGUUUUCUCAAGGGGAUGUGAUUUGUAUAUCAAAUCUGCAAGAAGAAAUUUACAGUUUUAAGCAAGAGCAAUAUCAGAAGCUACUAUCCUUGAUUUAGGAUCAUUCUUUGACAGCACAACUUGUUCAUUCCACCAACCAAAUUACUACUCAACCAUCCACAUCCAAUAUUCAAGACCACAACCUUAUUUCCAACCAAUCAUCAGGAUCUGAUUACUUGGAAGAGGAUUGGUUUAGCUGAAGUUCAACAAGGGUUAUAUGUCUUACAUCAAUUGCCUUCACAAUCUGUUCCAACGACAGCUUCAAAUCUUACUGUCAAUUCCUCUUUUCCCCCAUUUGCUUUGUGGCAUUAUGGGCUUGCCUUCUAGCUCUAGAAUUUCUGUUAUAAAUAAGAUCUGUCCAUUUGUUUCUUGUAAUAAUGUACCCCAUACUUGUGACAUUUGUCUCUUUGCUAAGCAAAAGAAACUUCCUUUUCCU